AGAGUUUGUAACUCCUGGGCUUUUUUUUUUUUAAUCCGAAAAGUCCUCAUGUUUUACCCUAAGCCUGAAAUAAAAAAGCCCCAAUGCUAUAAAAAGAAAUCUCCGUAGAUUAAGUCAAAAAAGAAAGUUCCACGUUACUGCCGACACCUGCUGACACCUAUUAUUAUGGUAUCUAAAAGGAAAGCAUGUGACUCUCAAGAACAUCCAAGGAAAGCAGUAGGGUUUUGCCUGGUGAUUCCUUCAGAACAAAGUGCAGCCAACUUUGCUCUUCGUGUGCUUUCAGGAGUGUUUAUUUGAAAGGUGUCUUGGAGAUGGCUUUGCACAAAGAUGUGCUCUACACCUUGAAAUCAUUUCUAUCAGGAUUGGACUCAGCCUGAUUUUUUGGGAAUAGUCAGUACCUUCUGAUGUUACUAGUGUGCUGUAAUUUUAAGCUGAAUUUAUCCUAUUACGUUAUACUGGGGACCACAGGAGACACAACAGCUGAGAUGAAGCAAAGCUGUGCAGACCAGGACUAUCAAGGUUUUGAAUUCUGCUUGGAAGUCAGCUAAGAACCUGUGGAGCUUGGAAGUUGGAACCAAUUGUGUGCAGAAUGACUUCUCAUCUGGCACAGCUUGCCAUGCUUUGGAACAAUUUCAGUCAUUUUUGCUCCACACAGUGGCCUCUGGAUGGAUAGACAGAUGGAGCUUUUGAGAUCUCUGAUUAAAAAAUAGAGAGUAGAAGUCAAGUUCUGUACUAGCUCUAUGGUUCUGCUUUUACAUCAACUACAAGAAAGAUUUCCUUCCACCCCCAUGACUUUCACAGUAGUAUAUAUGGAAAGAAGAUAAUGGUUGUUACAACUUGAUAAGACUCUCCAGUUGUAACAUAUUUGUCCCAUGUUAUAUAACGGCUGCAAACAAGCUGUGUGUAAUAACCUCAGUUUUUUAAUCUCUGCGAAGCAUAAUGAACUAUUUGAAAGGGUGGUUGGAGGGCUAAGCUAGGAAGAAGAUACUAGUAGUAUAAUAACGGUAUUAAAAACAACAACACAGAUUUAACAUGUUAUAUAAUCUCUGUUAAACUUGCUCUGGGAAAUUCUCCAGCAGCUAGUGUCAGUCUUGAUUUUGUACAAGUCUGUACAUAAACUUUACAAGAAUUUGUAUGAAGUUGGGUGGGGAAACAGUGAAAGAAGAAGUCAGAACAGAAUGUAGUCUGACUAAAGUCUUGCUGUGAUGGAGUGCUGAAAGUAGUAAUGGAGGUUCUCUCCUUGGCAGGUCUAUUGGUGAAACAAGCCCUCUGUGCAAGUGAUUUUUAGUGCCUCAUUGCAGGCAGUGGACUUCCCAGUGCAAUCUCAUUUCACUUUUGGCAUUAAGUGGCAAUUUGGAAGACUUCGAGGUAUAUUAAUCUCCUAAGUAAUCAUUGCUCUUGAGAGAUUGUGUUCCAAAGUAUUCACACUUCUCUCAGCUGGACUCAGCAAUGCUGUGGGAACAGCCUGGUGUGUUUAUGAGCCUGUCAGCUGCAUAUGCUGUACCUAUCAAUUUGUGUUUGCUCUGUUGCUUACAGAUGCAGCAAUUAAUUUAAUGACUGCUAGUAAUGCCGUAUGCAGACCAUACCACAGAGAUAUUUCUCCUCCAGGAGCUCAGUCACUGCCUUUUUUAUACCUAGAAGCUGUUCACUUAUCUCCCCUCUUGGAGCACAGUGGUAUGAAGCAUGGUGGAAAGGUGCUGACAAUAGAGGAAUUAUUCAUGCUUCCUUUGUGAAAUGUGGAACAAGAGCUUAGUGCAUUACUGCCAAAAAGAUAAGUCCAACAUUAUUGAUCUGCUCCUUCUGCUGAGCUUUCAUCAUCUUUUGUUUUUGUCCUUUCCACCUUUCCUCUUGUCUUGUUAUGCCUCCUUUUGCCAUCCGCUGUCAGAAGGGAUCGUCUUCCUGGAUGCAGCUCAGCAGAGCAGAAAGCAGUGCUGAAAGUAUUUGUGAUGUGGAAGUGAUCUGAAAGAUGACAUGUUUCAUCAAACAAACGUAGCACAGUAACAUCCGCCAGCCGUCACUGAGGCGUGCUUUCCUGUAAAGGCAGGGGGAGUGCUGUGCCAUAGGGAACUGGAUGAGGAUGUCGUCCAGUCAGGAUUUGACUCGUCUACUUUUAUUUGCUUAUGACCAAACCGUUCUUCUGAUAAACGUAUCAAGUCUUCUUCGGAGAGAGUAAAUUGUGAAAAAGUACAUUGAAAAAAAUUAUACUGCAUUUGGUUUUGCAAAAUAGGGCACAGUCCAACUUUCCAUUGAAAACAAUGAGUGUGUAUUGAAUGUUGUAAGAAUUGGCUCGUGCUUACAACUGUAAAAUACUUCAUGAAAAGCUCUCUUUUGUUUUCCUCAGAGGUUCACUUUUUGGUAAUUAUCGUUGUCAGGAAAUCUAUUGGGAACGAGACAAAACAACGUGCCGAUCAUGUUAGUACUAAACAUCCGUGAAGUUUCCUAAGCUGUGGGUCUUGCUUUCUAUUAUGGGCCUGCUUCAGGACCCACUAGACUGGUGUUUAAAUCUGACUGGCUUUAAAUAUCUAAAGCAUUGUCCACUGAUUUUACUAUUCAGAGAGGUGAUUUGACAAUUUUUUUAACCGAUAUUAAAAAUGCAUUUAGUGUUGGUAAUGUCCACAGCACUACGAACUCCAGUACUUUUUUUAAUUUUUAUUUUUUCCUAAGAGCUUGAAAGAGCAGUAGUAAAUACAGGCUGUCCUGCAGCAAAUGCACCUUGUCAAGGACGAGGAAGAACACGCAUAUUCAAAUGCUGGCUGGAGUCUACUGUUGGAAGUCUUUGCUUUGGUGCCUAUUCUUCAACUUAGCUUUCAAAUACAUUUUUCUUCAUGUUCUUAAAGUGGUUGGUGAAGAUUGUCUCUUUCUUUUUCACCAUUUUGACUUUGCUUGUAAUCAAGUGAUCUCUUGUGACAUGCACGGAGGAAAUCUUGAGGUUAUAUUUUCUUUUAAUUUGAAGGCUAAGUUUCUAAUAGAGUUAAUGGACCAACAGCAUUCUAUCUAUACUACCUGUAAUUUUAACAGGUUAGCUGUUCCACAGGGAGCAAAGUUGAAAUAAAUUUUCAUUUACUACCUCUCUCACAUCUUUAUAGGUAUAAACUAGUAGACAUAUUGGUAUCCAAAUAACAGUGCGUGAAAGAUGCAUAUAAUUUAGAAAAUACAUAACCUCUAGAAGCUAUGAAAUCACAGAAUGGCUUGAGUUGGAAGAGACAUCAAAAAUGACCUAGUUCCAACCCGCUUGCCGCAGGCGGGGUUUCCAUACAUCAAUUGGCAAAGGACCGACAAAUGCACUUGAGAUUAAAUAGGCUUUUAAUUGAUGUCUCUGUUUGCAAGUCUGACUUCCCAGUCUUACUCCAAAGUGAAAUAUUGGCAUCAAGGUCUUCUUUCUUGGGUAUCCAUGCUCCUUUUAGAAUGUUGCUCCUUUGAUAUGAUAGGGAUAUCUUAUCCAGAGGUCAGUAGAACUCCGUGCAGGUGAAUUUUUUUGCAUACCUGAAAAAUUUCUGCGACAUUUUUGAAUGCCCAUUUUUAAACUGAUUGGUACAAAGAUUAUUGUCAUUGUGGCAUUAGUAAUUUAAUCCGUUUGAGAAUGAUAACUGCCACAGAAUUUACUUGAUACCAUUUAGUGCUUCGGUGGUAUGUUUCAAUAACUCUUGUAAAAGACAUUGUUUUCAAGAUUUGCCCCAGGAGGUUAAUUCUCCCUUCCUGCCUUAGGAAGAACUCCUAAGCAACUGGUUCUUUCUUUGGUUUUCUAAGAAGUGCUGAGAUUUUUUUUUUUAAAGCAAUUGGCACCCUGCAAAAUUAAGUCUACAGGAGCUAAUGAGUCUACGGGAGUAUUUGUAAUUGACUCAAAUUAUUUUUUUUGUGUGGCAAAUUUAGAAAAGAAUGCUAAAUAGUGUUAAUUCUUGACACCAAUCCAGCUCUGAGAUUUUUGUUUUCUGUUUACUUUCCAUGCUUUUUUCUCAUCCAUUUAUGUGAUAAAACCACUGUCUUUAGAAGGUCCCAGUGGGCAAUCUGUACCAUACUUGCAUCAAAAACUCAGAAUAUGGUAGCAGUAUGUGGAAAACCAUAUCUGAUAUGUAAAAGAAUAUGAUAGGCUUCUGUUUAUUUUUUUUUCAAAUGAGGCAUUUGGAGAAACAUUAGAAAAGCAGUCUUAGCUAUAGGAAAAGAGUUGUGUUUAAGUUCUAACAGACUGAUGUUUUGAUAAUUGCCCUCUACAGCGCUGAAGACUCCUCCUGGGGAGGGGAGCUAUCUCAGUACUUUAAGAGAUACAGACAUAAGCAGCAGUUGACCCCAAUAUCUGCUGAAGCUGAAGAAGACCUUUUUGAAUACUCUGAGGUCUUUGGCUGGUCUGCUGUGCAUAACAGAGUGGAGCCCACUAGGGAACUGUUUUGUUUUUUUUCUUUAUUUACUUAACAACAGGACAGGAAAUAACUGCAAACACUGAAUUCAGUCAGGCAAUGAUGUCCACAUUUCUAAGCUAAGACAAAAACCAGUGGGAACACGCUCAGUAAGAAUGCUGGAAAAGGCAAUGCAUUUUGUAUUUUUCAUUUCUUCCAUUGGAUAAAGUUCUUAAUCAUUCAGCUGGGCAUACUUCGUAUUUUUCUACUUCUUCAGAUCUUUCUUUUGGGCUAGAUUAUUCCAUAUGAAAACAGCUGUAACCAACAGUAAAGCAUCAGCCACAUGAAUACUUAUGUAUUAUAGCAGUGAUGCAAAAAUAUUCAUUUUGCGGUAGUGUUACAGUAGUGUUUCAGAAGGUUAUUACCCGAUUUUCUGAAUAACCUUCAAAACCAAUGAGUUUCAGUUUCCUGAACUUGGGAAGCAAUAGAUAUGCAAUCCUAAUUAGGCUUUGCGAUAUUUUAAGGAGUAUAUAUUUUAAUAGGAGAUGUGGUCUUUACACAUUGACGAUCUUUGGCUUCUCAAGACCAGCAUGUUUAAGGAAUCAGAGAAAGAAAUAAGAAACACUGUAUUUUCCAAAGAGACAGAGUUAUUGAGGAAGUCUAAGACGGAAACACCUCUCCUACCUCCGCCCCCAGUUUUUUGUGUUGUAACAUGUACCUGUUAGCGUGUUGUGGUCUUCUGGGUGACACCCAGCAGACUUUCAUAUCAGCCCAUGCUGAACUCGAGCAGCACAGUUCUCGUGUCACUCUGGCCUGUCUCCCACCACAAUGGAAACAGGAGGUUUUCCAUCAAUAAUAUUGCGGUAUGUGCAGUGACAUGUUCUUUACUGUCAAGUCACUUUCGGCAAGAGAAAUCUGACCUUUUCAAAACAAAAGCCCUUGAGGGUUAAUAUUUAUGUAUAGAUGAAAUAUAUAACUACAGCACAGAGUAAACACAGGAAUUAUCCCCAAAACACAGAAUUUUUCAUGAAUCCCAGAGGGAGCCAGGAUUAACAUUCGUUUUCCCUAGGAACACAGUCAGGCCUUUGGUGCUGACUGUUCCUGGUCAGAUAGUUGUUAUUAUGAAGCAAAAUGCCAAGAUGUGACUAGCAAGCUCUCACUGAGUUACCGAAAGCAAAGUACAACAAACCACAUCAAACAUGUAAGGCACUUAAUAUUUGAAUUGAUAAAUGCAAAAUAAAAUCUUUCAGAGAAGUAAGACCAGAAAAAUGGAAAUAUAUAUAGCAAAAUGGUAUUGAAUUAUUCUCUUAUUGGAUGAGAGAUCUCUUCCAUGUCUUGUCAGCCAUAAAAGAGCAAAUGAAUUUAUUUUUUUUUCUUUUUCCCAUGAGAAGUCAAAAUCCCUAAAUACUUGUAUAUUGAAGGGGAUGAUGCUGCAGCCAGAAAUGCAUGUGUCUGCCUGUAGGGACAUUCUGUGGCGUGUUUAUUUUCCUGCAGCCAGUUUCUGGCCCCAAGUCUAUGACAAUGCCCUGUCUAUGGGAGAACUGGUUCUCUAGAUACGCAUUUUCAUAAGCACCAUUACCGGGUGCAGAGGAAGUCGUUUCAGUGAAAAAAAAAAUCAUCUCUCAGUACAAACUUCUUGUUGAGGGAUCCAUGGAAAAACUUCCUCCCUUCUCGCAUUCCAGGGAACUGACAGCUGUAUCUUAAAAUCUCACUGAAAUAGCUUUCAAUUGGUAAAGCAGAACCAAGAAUGUGACAUAGAUGUAAGUUACAGCUUCCCUACAGAAGCUGUUACAGCUGCAGAGGGAAUCUUAACUUAGUUGUUGACACACUGUUCUUGAGAACAACAAAAGAGAUUGUGUUCAUUAGGCCAACCCCAUCAUUCUUGCUAAAAGCAGUCUCAGGUUUCCAUGUAUAUUUUCAAAUCAAAUUAGAAAUGCUGCUCCUGAGACCUCCUUCAACGGGCAGUGACAGAUUGCACAACAUGAUAAAUCGUUGGCAUUCCUAGAGAUGUGCUGAGGUACCAACAGCCGAGUCUCCACAAGUGGUGAGCUAAUAAAAACACGCACAGAGCAAUGUCUUUAAAUUAGCACCGAGCUUUCCCUCUUCCUGUGAUAAUACGGUCCACACCCAGGGAGUGGCCACUUCUUGAACAGAAAUGGGAAAGGUUUGUUCCUCGGUUGUUUUUGAAGAGCAAGGCUAUUAUUCAGUCAUGGUGGAUUUCCUCUGGCUAGUAUUUUAUCAGCUAUAAUUAAAACAGCCACCUCCUUUCAGCCAGCUCUCAGCACAUACUUACGCAGCUAAAUCUACAGCACUUAAUCCCACUGUGAGAAGCUUUGCAGCUCUACCUGUUUGUUACCUAACUCAGCUGUAGGAGAAAGCAAGAGAAAAGGAAAAGCAGGCUUAGGGAACUACUUACAUAGUUACAGAAAUUAAAUUACCCAGGUUUCCUCCUUGCAGUGAAUCAUCUUGUGUAAGGCCAGACAAUUAGUGCAACAACUACACAUGAGGUCUUAAGAGACAGUUCUCUGAGAGAGAAAGAAACUUAACAGAAAGCAAAUAAAUGUGAAAAGUGAAUGCAUCAGUUCCCUACAGGGCAAGUGAAUAGCAAACAGUGAACAGACACACUGUGCCUUGUGCUUUGAAGAGCAAACGGUUUUGCUUCUCGUUAGGUGUCUCUGCAGAUGUGCUGUCAUUCCUACAGCUUUUCUUCAAUGCUGUUGUCUUCAAUUGCAUUUUUGGCAGCAAAAGUUACUUUGCUAAUUCUUCACAGCAAAAGCAAGACAGCCUUACAAACUACCACUGGGGAAGGCCAGAAAAUGAUAUAGGUACUACCUGAGUUGUGGCCUACCCCAGUGUUUCUCGAUAAUCCUCAUUUACAAAAUUCAGUUUUCAGUGAUUUAGAAAUAGCUAACAUGUAUCUCUAACCCCAACACAGAACUGCUGACCAUGUUUGGGAGAAAUAUGCAUGGAAAACACUGGUUUGGCUGAUUUGGUGCAAGAGAUGGGAAGGGCAGCGCAUUACCAAACUCUAAACUUAUUGAACCUUUGGAUUUUCUUUCUUUUCAACUGGCAUUAAACACGGGCAUGGAGAAAACCCUUCGCUCUGCAGCACUUCCCCCUGCACUUUGAUUCAAUGUUCACGUGCUCACAAAGCAGGUUCAAGUCGAGGUUCAGCCCUUUGUUCUCGGAGGUUUGCCUGGCUGCUGCCUCGUACUAUCUGCCUCUAAGAAAAACUGAUGUUAUCUUCUAAAGAGAAAAGUCAAGAUUGUAUUUGCAACUGAGAAUUUCCUGUGUGCCUGCCCCAAUCCCAUGCACUGACAGCACAGAGCAGUGGCUGUACGUGGCUGCGCUUCUUCACACAGCUCGGAGAACACUCCUUGCACGGUAGCUGGAGAAAUCCCCAGCCGCUAGUCCCUUUGAUCUCAGAUAAAGGUCAACCUGUCUAGCAGAAAGCGUGAUCGGAAACGCAACCUCAUAACCUCCUUCACUUUCUCUUUCCUACCCUGGAAUGGUUAACUGUGUCUUUCAAGGUGUGCCUCCUCUAUGGUAGGUAUGGUUUUUGCUUCAGCUCUUCAGAACUUCUUGAUUUCAUCUCAUGGAUCAACCAGCUUCAGCCAGGGCUGCCGAGAUUUCCAACGAGCUGAUAGGAAAACGUCCAAUUACAGCAAUGUUCAACAGCUAUUGUAGUUGUUUAUAUCUAAAUGUGUGUGCACGUAUAUAUGUAUGUGUGUAUGGAGACCUACUAGUGAAUUAAAAAUUCAUAGUGCCAGCGGUCUUCUAAAGAACACACAGUUUCCAUGCACUCCACUUCAGAGGCUCUCUGAGCACACUGUGGGUCCUGAGCUUCCCAGCACUGAUAGCUGCAAAGUACCCCCUUGUGCAAAGUCAGAGUUUCUAACACACAGAGCCCUUGAAGCUGCAGAGCCCAGCUGUUUCUCACAGCCUCAUCUGCAAGCUUCUUGCUGCACGGCACGGGUGUGACUUACACGUUCUACAGGUAAGGAGACUGGCACAGCAAUUUUGCUUCUAAUUGUAUCUGGCUUUAGAUGCUAAUCUGCAUUGUUGUUUUUUUAAUUGCUUUUAAAUUCCUGUAUAACUUUAUAAUUGUUGUUACAGCUGUGAAGGUUCGUAGGUGACUGACAAAUAACUUGCGCAAAGAUAAACACUUUCUCUGCUGAGUUUCCUCAAAGCUGUAUUGGCUUAAGAUACUUAUCACCAAAGAAGAUGAGUGAUGGGAACAGUAAAUAUCGAAUUCUUCAAGUACAGGCUGCUGGACACCUGUUUUGUCUGAAAUGACACCUUGUGAGGAUAGAUGGGAUGGCUUUUGCUUUUCACAGAUGAAGCAACUUCAUACUGCUGAGGAGGAGAAGGCACUGAUGUGUGGGUCCCCCUUCUUGGUUGGGAUGUGUGCCUUAGCAUGGGCUAGGAGAUGUUGCUUAGGGGGAAAUAUAAAGGUACUCCUAGGUGGGAUGGAAGCACUGUUAUUCACUACAGGUAGCAGGAGGAUCACAGUUCACCUUUACAUUGGUGUAGUUCACAAUCUAUGAAGGUCAAUCAAGUGAGUUAGGAAAGUUGAUUCUGGGUGUGGAUUAGGAAAAAUAAACAAAUAAACAAACAAACAAAAAAAAACAGCCAUCCACCACCAGGGAGAAGCUCUACAAGACUGCAGAAUGAGGAGAUUAUCUGUAGUACAUGAUCCUGCAAGUGAAAGUGGAAAUAGAGGUUGAAUCAUGACUGUCAGCGAUCAUUCAGUCUCUUGAAUCUAAUUCUCAGAGGUUUGUCGUGAGGAUUAACUUUGUGCAUAGAGGGCUGGUCUCUCUUGACUCCUUUUAUUGUCAGUAGAAGAGAGAGGCUCCCUGCAGGACAGCUUGGAUUCCUGUCUGUCUGUCUGUCAAUCCUCAAAGCAAGGUUGUGCCAGGAUGUAGUCAUAAGGUGUGUCAGUCCUCUUCCAGGUUGCCAACUUAUUCUCCAGAAUUCUAGCUCUCCAUUUUCUAACGAAAGAUUUCACUGCUAUCAUUUCCAAGAAAAAUCUGAGAUGACUUGUAUGAGAUGCAGGCUGUUUGCUUGAGUGUGCGGAGAGCCUUCUGAUAUAACUGGAGGGUUUUGCCUUGUUUCAGUGAAAUGUUAAUUCUGGUGCCAAGUGAUAGUAGACUGUUGCCAGUAUUCUUGAUUAUUUUAGUGACCCAUUUAAGCCUGGCAUUGUAUUUCUAAAAUCAAGCUGUUACGCUUGGCAUAGCUUUUUAAGGUUGUACCUGCUUUAGCGAUGCGCGAGAAAGGUGUUAAGCAAUGUUUUUAUAGCAGUUUCCUAGGAUAAAAAGCACUCUGCCUCCUAUGAGAAGACAGCCGGUUGCUAGGUGCAGUACUCUCGGCUGUACGGCCCCAGCAGCGUGGUUACCCGCAGUCUGUCUGCAGUUUGCUUCCUGCUGCCUCUGAUGCUCCUACAGUUGAUGUUGCUGUGAGAAUUACUGUGUGGAGCACACCUACAGAAAUGCUGUUUCUGUCUUUAUUCGAAACAGGUGAAAGAAAUAUAAAAUGUAGCAUUUUGCACCACGAAGCACUAUAGUAAUUGUUGUUGUUUGGUGGAAUUUAGUGUUAUUUUGAGUAGUGGUAGGUUCCAAAAAUUUCAGAUGGGGUUCACUGAAAAUAGCUUUUUGCUUUCUGCUCCCAGUAGUCUGAGUGUGGUUUGGGUGGGCAAUCACACUGCCUGAUUCCCCUAGCAAUAUCAAUGAUGAAUUGGCCUAUUUUUAUGGCAAUACCUAAGAAUUUCAUGCUGUUGUCACUGGACCCUCUGUACCUGGAAGACAGUAUUUGUCUUUAUCAGUAGCCUGUUUAUUACUACUUCUAAGUUUGUAAUUAUAUUCGGUAUAUAACUUUUAAUGCAAAAGGAUUUUAUGUCAUGGACGAAUACAUAGUUGAAGUCUUUUUUUAGUAUAGUGACAGAAACAAAAAGUGUAGUUUGGACAUUUUCUUCCCAAGCCUAGUGAAGAUUAAUGCAAAAUAAUUGCACCUUGUGAGUGCGGUCUGGGCAGACAAGAUCUGACAGCAGAAUACCUUUGCACUGGCACUGUAACAAUGAUUUGCUUUUGGAUGAAGGUUUCUUCUAAACUGCUUUGAGUAUUCCUAAUUUUUUUUUUUUCCUUUCGGACAAAAUGAGGGGGAAUAUCAAUUUCCUGAGAAAGACUGCAAAAAGCUGAUUUCAGUGCUUCAGACUGGAGAUUUCGGGGAUGUUUAGCCAGAGAAGUGAUGGAGUCACCGUCCCGAGAGAUCUUCAAGGACCAUGUGGACCUGGCACUGAGGGACAUGGAUUUCAGAUGCAUGCCAGAUUCCUGCUGAAUGCCAGAGGUAGAGAUCAUUACAGAUGGAGCCCCAAAGCCAGCACGGCAGUGGUGGUUCGCUGGUGGUGAUUCAGCAGCCCUCUCUGGACAGCCGGCAGCGGCUGGAGUAUGAGCGGGAGAGCCAGCCAGCAGCUAUCUUGUCUCUGGACCAGAUCAAGGCGAUCCGCGGCAGCAAUGAUUACACUGAAGGUCCAUCUGUGGUGAAAAAGUCUGGUCCGCGGACAGCACCGAGGCAAGAGAAGCAUGAAAGGACUCAUGAAAUCAUACCAAUUAAUGUGAAUAAUAAUUACGAACACAGACCCAGCCACGUGGGGCACGUGGCACAUCAGCAUAAUGCAAGGGUUCCUGUUUUGAGCAGAUCAACCAGCACGGGGAGCGCGGCCAGCUCUGGGAGCAACAGCAGUGCUUCUUCGGAGCAAGGACUGCUGGGACGGUCACCUCCAUCCUGGCCAGGUUCGGGCCACAGGUCCGAUCGGACAAUCCAGACGCAGCCCAAGCAGUCAUCGUUGAUUGUAGAUGAUCUGAAGGGUUCUUUGAAAGAGGACUUGACACAGCACAAGUUUAUCUGCGAACAGUGUGGGAAGUGCAAAUGCGGUGAGUGCACAGCCCCGAGGGCCUUGCCUUCCUGCUUGGCCUGCAACCGGCAGUGCUUGUGCUCCGCGGAGAGCAUGGUGGAGUAUGGCACCUGCAUGUGUUUGGUCAAAGGGAUCUUCUACCACUGUUCUAACGACGAUGAAGGGGACUCAUACGCGGAUAAUCCCUGCUCUUGCUCCCAGUCACAUUGCUGUUCUAGGUACCUGUGCAUGGGAGCCAUGUCCUUGUUUUUGCCUUGCUUGCUCUGUUACCCUCCUGCAAAAGGAUGCCUAAAACUGUGUCGAGGGUGUUACGACCGCGUCAAUCGACCAGGCUGCCGAUGCAAGAACUCCAACACUGUCUAUUGUAAACUGGAGAGCUGCCCCUCCCAGGGUCAGGGCAAGCCAUCAUGAUUUUUGGAGGGAAGUUUACUUCCUCCAACUUUGAUUUUUCAGGUUGUAGCUGAUAUAUAUAUAUAUAUAUUUUUUUUUUUUCCUCCCCCAUUUAGGGGUGUGGGGGGGGGCUGCUUUAUUUCACCCCCCACUUCAAAUACACAAGUUAUUCCCUUUGAAUCUCUGUUCUUCUCCUCUUAGUGAGUCAACUGAGUGUGGAGUGUUUUACAUAUACUCAUUUGCUGCUCUUUGGUAAGUGUGGACUUGGUAUCUGCAUCUGCCACCCACUUUGGCAGGGUCUUCUGAGUCUGUAACUGAACCACUCCUGAAAGAGACAGUGAGGGCUCAUUCAGCUCUUGCAGCUUCUUGCUCUGAAUAUCUUCCCAAAGAUGUUUUUCAUUCUCAGCAAUUUUUUUUUUUCCUUUAACCCCCUUUGUACCUCCAAGGAAUAACUCUCAUGAGUGAGCUGGAUUGUGAAAUAACUUCUUGUCUGUGUUCUUUCCAGAGAGGGAUACAAGACUUUACCAAACGAAAGGCCUGAUUCUUCUGUAAGCAGCCUGUUUUUUGGUUUGUUUGUUUUCCUCCUCUUUUAACUUUUGGAAUAUUCUCAGUCCUGAGAGUUAGCCAAUUGUUCCUGUUGCUUUGUUUUUAAUUCUUUCUUAACAUAACUUCGGUUUUUGCUACAUUAUGUAGAUCUUCACAUUGGAGACAUUAUGGCUGCAACUGUACUUGUUUUUCUCUCGCUGUCCAAUCUUUGAAGGAUAUUGCUCACUCCACCCUCCUCCUGUUGUUUUAGUCCAUCAGUAUCACUUUGAUAUUAAAGUUGUUGGUGUUCAUGUAUCCAGACAGCCUUCAGGUGUCAUUGAGUCACCUAAAUGUUCUCGAAUCUUCAGUGUUUCUCGUGAUCCUUUGGUUAGUGGAUUCAGUUCUGCUCUGUACUUUAUAAUUUUAUUCUGUUCCCUGUUUUAUUGCCUUAGCCACAAAUUGUGGUCUUUUUUGUAUAUUUUAUGUAUAAAACACAAAGUUGAAUCCCAACUAUUUUUAAGACAAAAGUCUGUUAAAACUUUUUUUAUUGUAAAGAAUAUUUAUUAUGUGAAUCUCUAUUAUUUUAUGAUAUUUAUUGCAAAAAGACUUUGAAAAUGUACUCAUGUCUGAAUAUAACAAUAUCAAUACUUAACGAAAUAAGGAUGACACAAAGAAAGUACAUAUGUUAACUAUAAUGCAGAAAAUAUAUUAAUUAAUGAAAAUGG